CCCAGAAAUCCUAAAGGACCCACAAAUGUCAUAAAAAAGAUAAAUAUAACAGACAAAUCCAAUCCACCAUACCAUGAAAAAUUUCCAUCACCACUAUAAAUAAACUAACAAUCUCACCCUUUCUUUACAUCAACACUCUCUCUAACAACACCCAUCAAUCCGCCAUUGCCACUCUCUCUCAUUUUCUCUCUCUUCAGAAAUCUGCAACAAUGGAGGAAGGUGGUAGUGGUAAUAGUGGGUACGUUGACACUAGCAAGGCAGAUAAAGCAGUGUGGUUGAUGAAAUGCCCUUCUGUUGUUUCGCGCGCUCUUCAAUCUUCCUCUGUUCCCAACGAUUUACCUGUUGCUAAAGUUAUCGUUUCCAUUGAUCCUCUUUGCUCUGACCCUGAAGACCCCUCUAUUCGUCAGUUCACCAUGGAAUUGUCUGGCUCUGAUUUGGGAAAUGUGCCUAAGUGUUUCUCUAUGGACAUGUCUAAGGAAAUUGUUCCAAUGUCUGUCUUUUCAGAGAACGAAGGGAAGAUAACUGUUGAAGGGAAAAUUCAUAACAAAUUUGACAUGAGGCCUCACUAUGAUGCAAUUGAGAGCUACGGUAAACUAUGUCGUGAACGAACGGACAGAUCCAUGACAAAGACUAGACAGAUUCAGGUGAUUGGCAAUGAGAGGCCUAUAAUACCUAUGCCAGGGAUCACUCAUACUCAGGAGAAGAAGAAAGUGGUUGUUAAAGGAUCUGAAACUAAGAGAACUAGAAGGGAUCGAGGAGAGAUGGAAGACAUUAUGUUCAAACUAUUUGAACAGCAACCCAACUGGACUCUUAAAGAGCUGGUCCAGAAGACAGAUCAACCUGAGCAAUUCAUGAAAGAUUUACUGAAAGACCUUUGUGUGUACAACAACAAGGGAUCUAAUCAAGGGAGCUAUGAACUGAAACCAGAAUACAAGAGAUCUGCUGAAGAUCAGAGUGGUUCAUAGGAUGUUGAUAUCUUCAUUCAUUACUAUAAAAGAGUAAAAGCCAAGUUUCAUCUUUAGUUUUUUGCACAUAUAUGACUCAAACUGAAGAAUGAUUUGUUCUUGAUCGAAGCUGAUAACUGCAUCGUUUUUGCCUACUGAAUCCUCCAAUGUUUUUGUUUGCACAUAUUUUCCGCACUCUCAGGAUAGUAAGGAAGAUUAAGACAUUAGUAUGUAACCUUUGGAAAGUAUGUGAACAGGUAGGUCUGAUUGAGGCCAUAUUCAUUUCUAAGCUAAAUACUUCUAAUACUAUGGUAUUCAGAUAAUUUUCGUAUAUCUAUCAGAACAUUUCAUUUUUGCUUCUUAACUAUACUGUUGCAGGACUGCAAAUACUUCUGUGUUCAAUUUGCUUAAAUUUAGUAUGUUAAUUUGAUAUGAUUAGUUCAAAAGCUGCAAGAAGAGUAAUAUAAAAACAUUAAAUUUUUUUGAAAAAAUAAAAUAAAACAAAAUAAAAUAAAAUAAAAUAAAAUAAAACCACUAAGCAAAAUAUGAUUAAUGCAUUUCCAAUGGGUAAGAUGUGUUUUUGUGAAUGUAUAUUUUUUGCUUGAUUUAUUAGCUUUGCUUAUUUAAAUAUCUCCAAAACUGAUAAAAUGAGAACAAAUAUCUUUAAAUACAUCUAACUCCAGGCAU